AUGGCUGAUCGUAAAGUUCUCAACAAAUACUACCCGCCUGACUUUGAUCCUACAAAACUCCCUCGGCUGCGUGUCAAUCCUGUUAAAACUUUUGUUGUACGUAUCAUGGCUCCGUUCAACAUGAGAUGUAACACAUGUGGAGAGUACAUAUACAAGGGAAAGAAGUUCAACUCAAAAAAGGAGGAUGUUCUAGAUAUGGACUAUUUGGGACUAAAAAUCUUUCGGUUCUUUAUCAAAUGUACAAGGUGCUUAGCUGAGAUUAGUUUUCGAACUGAUCCAGAAAAUACAGAUUACGUCUGUGAACAGGGUGCUUCUAGAAAUUUCCAAGCUCAUGACUUUGCUGAAAAAGAAGAGAAAAGGAUGGCUAAAGAAGAAGCAGAUGAUGAAGCUAAUCCCAUGAAAGCACUAGAGAAAAGAACAAAGGAUUCUAAGAAUGAAAUGGACAUAAUUGAUGCUCUUGAGGAGCUAAAGGAUCUUAAUGCUCGUCGUGCCAACACUGACAUUGACACAAUGUUGGAAGCUGUCACAAGCAAGAAAAAUCCUGAGGAACUAGCUGAUGAAGAGGAUGCAAAGCUAGCUCGUGAAAUGUUUGAACAGAAAAGGAAGAAGAUAAAACGGCUUGAAACUGAUGCUGAUGCUGCUGAAUCAGAUGACCUGGAUACAAUAUCUAAUUUUUCUCUUAAAAAUGCGGCAGAAAUAGCCAAAAUUGCACCAACUGCUCCCCCAAAGAAGUCUAGCAAACUCAGUGGAUUGGUUGUUAAGAAAAAGAAGAAACUUAAAAGAGAACCUCCUACAACUAAAGCGUCAAAUAAGUCCACAAUCUUGAGUGAUUCAGGUCAAACCACUAACAAAGAUGAAAUGAACGGUCAGAACUCUAAUAAUCAUAUAUCACAAAGCAAGGUGGUAGCAGCCUCAACCCAAUUAACCUCUGUUCAAUCUUCGUCAGUUCCAUCUUCAGCAGCUCAAUCUUCCUCAGUUCAACCUUCUCCAAGUGGAGUUGGUAUUUCAUUGCUUGCAGAUUACAGUUGUAGUGAUUCUGAUUGAAACUUUCACUGCUUAAUAAUGACUCUUGUCGCUGCUAAUUAUUUAAAAUAUUUUAUGAUAAAUUAAGCAGGUUUGUUAACAAACUCAUGAAAACUAUAAAUUCUUGAAAUUAAUAAAUCAAAAUAUCUUUUUAUUAAGGGUUGCAUACAGAGGUUAUUUUAUCAUUUUAGUUUGCUUAAAGCAACUAGGUACAUCUUGUCUGUAAAAUGGUACACUAUUGUACACGUGAGUGUUGAUGGUAUUUAAUAUUUAUACCUGUCGACUUUAACACGAUGAUCUUUUAAAACAUGUCCGUUAUCACUGUAUCUGACACAUUAAAGAAUAUUUCUCUGUUUUAUUCGAA